AAAAAAUAUACUACAACACUCACCAGAGUCGCAAACGCUCCUGUUUCUGAACACAUUUGAAAAAGGAGGCAUUAUAACAGAUUAUGGUGAUGUUGAAGCUGGACACAAUGAUGAUUACAUACAUAGCAGCUGCAUUUGCAAUCAUAGCGAUUGUAAUCGCGUUACUUUGGGUUUACAGAGUAUUGUGUUGUGACAAAAGCUCUCACAACAAUUCAAGAGAAGUUGUGAUGCCACAAGGCGUGACUGAGUUCUCCGUGGAGGAGUUAAGGCUAGCGACAAACGGUUUUGACAUGAUUGCGUAUGGAUGGUUUGGAUCUGUUUAUAGCGGGCUGAUCGGAGACAUGAUCGUUGCGGUAAAAAGAAGGAUUGGUUCUCUCCAUCCUAGAUUCUUGGCUGAGGUUUCUUACAUAUCUAGAAUCCGACAUAGUAAUUUGGUUAAUCUUGUCGGCUAUUGUUGCGAAGACGGUGACCAAAUGCUCGUCUAUGAGUAUUUGCUCAACAGCAACCUGCGAGAAUAUCUAGAAGAUCACCGUGACUUAACGUUCAAGAAAAGGAUAUAUAUAGCUCUUGGAGCAGCAAAAGGGCUGCAAUACUUGCACAACUCGACCCCUCCAUUACAACACAAAAGAUUUUCGAUGUCUAAAGUUUUGCUUGAUGUCAACCUCAACGCCAAGAUUUCAGAUGCGGGAAUGUACGGAAUGUUUCAAGAACUUGAUAGUAGCCUACGCCCCAAUAAUCCAAAAGGUGGUUUGGAAGAGACCAUUGAUGUCUUCAGCUUUGGGUUGUUUCUUCUAGAGCUUAUCACCGGUGCAGAACCAAGAGAGUUCAAAUCAAACUUUCAAAUCAUUCAAUGGAUAGCUCCGAGGAUUUUUUCAAACUCACUUUGGGAUGAGAGAAUGACUGGAACAUUCAAGAUAGAAUCCAUCCACAGUUUUAUCAAGAUAACACUAAAAUGCUUGAAAUACCCCGCGAUUCACCGCGCAAAGAUGGAUGAGGUUGUGACGGAGCUCGAAAACAUUUACCAGAAUGAAGACAAUCCAUUUGCUCUAGGAGGCAAUGGUUUUACCAUAACCAUUGCCUGAGAAUGAAUGAAGUGCUAUGGUUCUUGUUCUUGUUUCUUGUUUCUUGUUAAACCACAGUGGAUUCGAACCAGUUAGUUGAAUUUGGUUUACCUGGAAUA